AUGUCCGACAAUGAUAGCAAUACAACUGCCACAGAUCUCCCUUUAUCUACAUCAUUCCGUUCUUUGUCCUUCAGUAGCGAACCCCAAGGUUCUCAAUCAACAUCUGCAUCCCAGGUUAGCGCUGCAACUCAACUACCCAUAAUAAACCAAGCCUUACAACUGUUAAAUCAAUCACCAAUUCCAUCAAGAAAAUUGAAUAAUAAUCGAUUUCUGAACAACAAAAUAAAUCGAAUAUCUGACAGCUUGAAAAAAGUUUUGCUCUCUUCAACCGAUGAAGAGUCGAUCGAUGAUGAGUCGAUCGAUGAUGAUGCUGCAAAUUUUUGCUCUUUAAUUGAAAAGAUACACGACAAAUUCAACGAUAAAGACACAGAAAAAUCUGUAAAAAUACAAAUUUUAACAUUGCUACCUGAAAAUUGGAGUGAAAGACAUAUCUGUGAAGUUAUGAAUACAUCAAAACAUUGGUCAAGGGUGGCUAAAAAUUUGGUUGAAGAAAAAGGUAUACUGUCAACACCUGAGUCAAAAUUAGGGAAAACAAUUACUAAUGAAGUGAAAUUAAAGGUUGAGAAUUUUUAUAACGAUGAUGAGUAUAGUGCGCCGAUGCCCGGGAUGAAAGACUUUGUUUCGAUUCGGAGUGAUGAUGGUAAUCGAAUCCACGUCCAAAAACGACUCAUUUUAUCUAAUUUAAAAGAACUGUACCAAUGUUUCCAUGAAACUAACCCUACAGAAAAAAUUGGAUUUUCCAAAUUUGCUUCUUUGCGACCAAAACAUUGUAUAUUAGCUGGAGCAAGUGGAACACAUACUAUUUGUGUAUGUACGAUCCACCAAAACGUUAAAUUGAUGAUGCUUGGUAAUUAUCAAACUAGUUAAUAAUUAUAAAUGCAUGAAUUUUUAGUUCACUUAUGUCCUUUCAUUUUAGGUGCAAAUGUUUACUCUUUAA